CUCUAGCUGUGCGCCCUCUGGGCACCCGGCGCCUUCUGUCCACCGCGCGGGGACAGGUCGCUUUCCCCGCAGGACAUGGGGGACCCGGAGGUGGGGGGGAACAAUAACCGGGAGUAAAGACGGAACCAGACCACUACGGACCCCGAGAAGCCCUGGGGAAAUACAGCAGCGGUGGAAGGACCAGGCCCGGGGCAGGGAGGGCGGGCCGCGAAGCUGAGCCCGUCCUGCCGAAGAGCCAGCGCGGGAAACCUGGGAAGGCUGCUUGGAGAAUCUCGGACCGGGCAGUCAGCCUGGCCUCAGGGGGCCGCCAAACUGCAUGUGGUGUGAUAGUGGAAUUAAUCAAAAGCAAGAAAAUGGCUGGAAGAGCUGUCUUGUUGGCAGGGCCUCCUGGAACUGGCAAGACAGCUCUAGCUCUGGCUAUUGCUCAGGAGCUGGGUAGUAAGGUCCCUUUCUGCCCGAUGGUAGGGAGUGAAGUUUACUCCACGGAGAUCAAGAAGACAGAAGUGCUGAUGGAGAACUUCCGCAGGGCCAUUGGGCUGCGGAUAAAGGAGACCAAGGAGGUAUACGAAGGCGAGGUCACGGAGCUCACCCCAUGUGAGACGGAGAACCCCAUGGGGGGCUACGGCAAGACCAUCAGCCACGUGAUCAUAGGACUCAAGACAGCCAAGGGGACCAAGCAGCUGAAACUGGACCCCAGCAUUUUUGAAAGUUUGCAGAAAGAGCGAGUAGAAGCUGGAGAUGUGAUUUACAUUGAAGCCAACAGUGGGGCCGUGAAGAGGCAGGGCAGGUGUGAUACCUACGCCACCGAAUUCGACCUUGAAGCUGAAGAGUACGUCCCCUUGCCCAAGGGGGACGUGCACAAGAAGAAGGAAAUCAUCCAGGAUGUGACCCUGCAUGACUUGGACGUGGCCAACGCACGGCCCCAGGGGGGACAAGACAUCCUGUCCAUGAUGGGCCAGCUCAUGAAGCCAAAGAAGACGGAGAUCACAGAUAAACUCCGAGGGGAGAUUAACAAGGUGGUGAACAAGUACAUCGACCAGGGCGUGGCAGAGCUGGUUCCGGGGGUGCUGUUCGUUGAUGAGGUCCACAUGCUGGACAUCGAGUGCUUCACCUACCUGCACCGGGCGCUGGAGUCUUCCAUUGCCCCCAUCGUCAUCUUUGCGUCCAACCGAGGCAACUGUGUCAUCAGGGGCACGGAGGACAUCGCCUCUCCCCACGGCAUCCCUCUUGACCUUCUGGACCGAGUGAUGAUCAUCCGGGCCACGCUGUACACCCCGCAGGAGAUGAAGCAGAUCAUUAAAAUCCGAGCCCAGACAGAGGGAAUCAACAUCAGUGAGGAGGCGCUGAACCACCUGGGGGAGAUCGGUACCAAGACCACUCUGAGGUACGCGGUGCAGCUGCUGACCCCGGCCAACCUGCUGGCCAAGAUCAACGGGAAGGACGGCAUUGAGAAGGAGCACGUCGAGGAGAUCAGUGAGCUCUUCUACGACGCCAAGUCCUCAGCCAAAAUCCUGGCUGACCAGCAGGACAAGUACAUGAAGUGAGACGGCCGGGGUCUUCUGCGCGGAGACUCCGGGUAGGCCUGCUCCCGCUCUGGCCUGUGGGUAGGCGGCUUGCCCCCGGGCUGGGCUUUCCCCACUCGGGCGGGUGGCAGCGCUGUCAGUUAGUGUGGAAGAGUUUCUUUUUAAGUUAUCGUGACUCAUCCCGUGGUUGCUUUGAAGAAACCCUGCCUUAUCUGGUGUGUUUUCUAAUAAACCCUGAUAGGUUAUUUUGAUGA